AUGUCGGCAAUAGCCUUGCGGUUCAAAAAGGACACCGACGAGCUUCGUGAGAGGCCGUUGACCUUGCACUCCAUCGUGGUGCACAGCUUGGAGUUGAAGACGUUGCUCCGUAGGGUCUUCAAAGGCUAUCCAAGCUUUGCCAGAGAAUUGCAGAAAGGGAAGUUCCAGCCACCCUUUACAGAGUUCUUCCACAAAUGGGAUGCACUUCGAGACGAGGCAAAGGCAUCGACUGGCACACGCUUGGGUGAGGAGAUAGAGGCAUUAUGCAGCGCUCUUGAUGAGGAAUUCAACGGCAAGCCUGAUGAGUUCAAUGAGAUGGCCAAACAGAACGUGGUCACCUGGAACCUCUUGGACUAUCUGUACGAGCCCGGCACUGUGAUCGUGACUCGCUCACGCAAAAUCGAACAAGCCCAGCGCAUUGUAGCCACCGACUAUGUCAACGACAAAACCCCGAACUUUCACGUUGAGACGGAGUACAUUGAUUUCGAUGGCAGUGAAUACGGCCUCCGUCAAUCGUGUUUCAAAAUAGAUCAGUUCAAGGGCAGUCGAAAGAUCAUCAGUCUGCCUGGGAUACCACUUGCUUACGAGGCGCAACGAGAAGAUCUUGAGCAUAAGCUGCGAAGUAGAGGCCAUCGAAUUGUGGAGCUUAAUCAGGCAAAGUACAUGCAGUAUAAUGGCUUUGUUUGGACAUUAUCGCGGUUUGGUGUCUGUCGUGAAAGAUUCAUCGAAGGACGAAUCCUCGUUGAUGGUGACAGGUACUGGAAAUACGUGUCCCACGGUAUUUCGCUUGAACCUCUCCCCAACGAGAUGGCACCUGAAGCAGACGGCAAUUUCGCGCCGGAGUCGCUAGUACUCUUCAGCCCAUACAUUCGAGGCUACGAUCUGACCAGCAAGCAAUGGGCUGAAUUUGAAGCUGACAACAUUCGCUCUAUCACAUGGAGCGAAUUUGCCUUCGAUCGUCUUGUUUUGGCGCAGGAUAGGAAAGUAUUGCUCAAAGCACUCAUCGACAGCAAUCCCUCAUACAAGGGCAAAAUGGACGACAUUAUUCAAGGCAAAGGGCAAGGGCUUGUGAUUCUACUGAGUGGAUCUCCUGGUACUGGCAAGACAUUGACGGCAGAGGCCAUUGCUGAGCAUCUUCGGAUUCCGAUCUUUGCGGCAACGGUGAGUGACUUGGACAGUACCUACGCAUCUAGCCUCGAAGAGGAGUUGAGCAAGGUUCUGGAAUUGUCUGCCCGUUGGGGCGCCGUCCUGCUCCUCGAUGAAGCAGACGCCUUCUUGGAGACACGCUCUGACGAUGAUUUGAUGCUAAAUCAAAGAGUUGCUGUAUUUCUGCGGCUGUUAGAGUAUUACAAGGGAGUGCUCAUCCUGACCACCAAUCGUCUGCUCACCUUCGAUCCAGCCUUUCACUCAAGGAUACAUCUCACUCUGCACUACGAUGCUCUAGAUGAAGCUGCUCGGGCAGCAGUCUGGAAGACGUUUCUUGGUACUUCAGUCCUGUCCGAAGACGACUACAAGCGGCUCGGAAAACACAACCUCAGUGGGCGACGAAUCAAGAACUUUGUCAAGAUGGCUCAACUGCUUGCACAGAGCCAGCAGUGCGAACUAGGAAUGAGCCAUUUGGAUCAUGUCCUGGGCGUUGCGAUGCACGGCGAGACAUCGUUCGCGUCGGAGGAGACCUGGUAA